UGUCUCGUUUUUCAUUUUUGCCGUUUGCUCUCGUUUACAUUUGUCUAUUUUUUCUUGAGUUUUUGGAAUAAUUUUAAGUUUCAAGCGUUUACAAAAUUGGGUUAUACACAUUUUAAUUCCCUUUUGCACUCAAUUUUUAAAUUCAAAAAGUAUUUUUCAACAAGGUAAAAUGGGUAAAAACUCGGAAGUUCCUUUGACUCGCAGAAUGAGUCGCGACAGUAUAUUGCUCAAAAAGGUAUCAAGUGGUAUUCACAAAAAUUCUAAGAAACGCAAAAGGAAGAACAGUCGAAAAAUAAGAAAUUUGUUCGAUAAAUUGAGGAAUGAGAGUUCCAAUUCAGAGUCUCGCUCUAAUGUAACAGUUAUCGAAAUUACUGAUAGUAAUUUAGAAGCUCCAACUGAGCAGAAUGCUUCGAUAAAUCCUAUCGUAAUCGCUGAUGAUGACGUGAACGAUACAAACACAUUGAAUACUGAAACACCUCGAUCUGAUAUCAAUAUAUGUCCGCUGCAAUGUUCCACACCAAACUCAUCUAAGUCACGUACAUUAACUAACUUCAAUGAAGAUGUAGUUAACCUAACGAAAGAGAUAAAUAACGAUUCCUAUUUAACGAUAGAUCUUACUGCGGAGAGCACAUUAAAUGCAUCAAAAAGACCAAACGCAGUGAUAGAUUUAGUUAACAAUUCUCAAGAAUCAAUUGACUCAAAUAUUUCAAUGAGUGGAGAUUCCGAUGUGACAGUUAUAAAUACUCAAAUAACAAAAAAGAAAGUAAGUAAACGGCAAAUGCAAAAGUUUGCUAAUGGUAUUGCUCAAAUGGAUUCGUCGGAACGGGGAAAAUUAUUGGAAUUCAUUGCUCAGAAGAUUUUUAAUGGUUGUAAUGGUCCACACAGUCCGAGAAUUAGUUUACAUAGCUUAAAAAAUGGAGUGAACUGUGCGACAGAAACUGCAGAGGACACAUACAUAAAAGAAGUCAUCCUUGGUCGAGCGCCGUCCAGAAAUAGCAUAGGUAGUAACAUAUAUAACCCAGAGAGAGAUAUUAAGAACAAAACUGGGUUAAGAAUGGUUGUGAUCGACGGCAGUAAUGUUGCUAUGCAACACACCAAAGGACGAAUAUUUUCUGUGAAAGGUCUUAAGAUUUGCAUUGAUUACUUUGUGAACAGAGGACAUGUAGUCAAAGCUUUUGUGCCACAUUUUAGAUGUAAAAACGGCAAAAGCACAGAUGGUCAUAUGCUAGACCAAUUGGAGAGGUUAGGCCUGGUCGUAUACACGCCGUCGAGAGAAAUACAGGGUAGAAUGAUCACAUCCUAUGAUGACAGAUACAUAGUCCAAUGCGCGGCAGAAUUCGACGGCGUUAUUGUCUCUGGCGACAACUACAGAGAUCUUCUGGCCGAGAAUCCAAGAUGGCGGUUCGUCAUAGAGAAUAGACUCUUGCAAUUCACAUGGGUCGGCGAUAUGAUUAUGUUCCCUAAAGAUCCUUUGGGAAGAAAUGGACCUACUUUGGAACAGUUUUUACGACAUCCGUUCCCGAAUGAACAAAAUUAAAUGUCACUGUCACUGUCAAAUAAUUUUUUUUAAUAGUCUGUAGUUGUUAAAAGUUGUGAUGUUUUAUGUAGCUUCGAGAUUUAUGUAAAUUUUUCGCGGUUUUAUGAGUUUUUUUAAAGUAUUCUGCGUACUUUUUUUCAUUUUAGGUAUGAAAAUCUGUAUUCUGUACGAACUGUCAUUAUAAAGAUAUUUUUUGAAAAUUUAUGUACCUAAUUUUUGAAAAAAAUUUGUGCGCAGAAAAUAACAUGAUCUCAAAGACUGACUUUACUAUUUUAAUAUUAUAACAAAGGUAACGGCCUCUAAUUGUUAAAGUACGUUAAAUUUUUUAUAUAAUAAGGUUUGAUUGAAGAUUGUGUCUAUGAUUUUCUAUUAGUAUUAUGUAUAAAAACCUGUUACCAAGGAAGAUAAUAAUAGAACUAUAUAUUAAUACAACAAUAUAUUAAUUAGAUUUCAUAGGAACACAAUGUCUUCUCAAAUUAUCCGAGAGAUGUUGAUUUUGUAAAUAAUUCUAAUUUUGUUGAUUCUUUUUAAAUUUGAAGGAGAUAAUAAAUAUUUUAAUUUAA